GUAAGAGUGAUAUUCAAAUCACUAUAAUUCUUUGAUCCUAUCAUGUGAGAUCAUACCAAUAUAGGAACUUCAGGGGAACGUUUCUGAAGUAGAAAUAAGGUUUGGUUUAGCUUUGAGUUUCAUUUCUCACAUGAAGGAGAUUGGAGAAAGCCUCUGGUUUCAAACUAGUGACUCAGAAUUGGUUGUGUGUUAUUUUUCUUAUUUCCAAGAGCACCGACUACAGAAACUUCCGAAAAUGAAGUAUGUAGGUGGUAGGUGGUUGACAAUUUGUGAGAACUCAAGGGGAAAUGGCUUGUCUAUUGAGUUCUGUCUGCCUCCUGCUUCCGUCUUCUCACAACUCACUUGAUUUUUUCUAUCCAGGAGAAGUCCCUAAUCCUCUCUGUCUAUUUCUCAUUCCAUCGCUAUCCUCAGGCAAUGGUUGGCUUCUUUUUAUUAGGAACCUUUAUUUUGUACUGUGUGGGACAGAUCCAAAUUCAAGGGAUCCCCCAAAUAUGUGUUUCCCAGCCCUCAUGUUCAGCCUGCCUGAGGAGCCCUGGAUGUGCUUGGUGCAAACACAAGGAUUUCCUGAAGUCUGGGGAGUCCACUGAGCGGAGGUGUGACACUGCUGAGUCUCUGAGGACCAGAGGCUGUGAGCAGACAGACAUCAUCAACCCCCAAUCAGAACUGGUCUUCCUAAAGAACAAUGAGCUCAGCAGCGACCCAGACAAUGUGGUCCAGCUUAAGCCACAAAACCUCCUCUUCAAACUCAGAGUCGGAGUCCCUCAGACCUUCAGUGUGUCAUUCAAGAGAGCCGAGGGCUACCCCAUAGACCUGUACUACCUAAUGGACCUGUCCUUCUCCAUGAGGGACGACCUGGACACCAUCAAGAAUCUGGGCCAGGAAAUCCUCUCUACGCUAAAAAACGUCACCAAUAAGGUCCGCAUAGGCUUUGGCUCAUUUGUGGACAAGGUGGCUCUGCCGUAUGUCAGCCAGGUUAAGGACAAGAAGAACAACCCCUGCCCCAGCCGCCUGUACACCUGUCAACCUGCCUUCAGCUUCCAGAACAUUCUGGGACUAACCCAAGACGUGGCUGAGUUCAAGACCAGGGUCAGCAACCAGAUCAUCUCUGGAAACCUGGACUCCCCCGAGUCUGGCUUUGACGCCAUCAUGCAGGCAGCUGUCUGCCAGGGUGUGAUUGGUUGGAACAAUGUCACCCGGAUCCUGGUUUACACGUCAGAUGACACCUUCCACAUUGCCGGGGACGGCAGGCUGGCUGGGAUAUUCGAACCUAAUGAUGGGAAGUGUCAUCUCAAUGGCAGCGGCUUCUACGAUGGCACUAAAUAUGACUACCCAUCGGUUGGCCAGCUCGCCAGGGUCCUGGCAGCCAAUAACAUCCAGCUCAUCUUUGCUGUCACCGAGGACAGUGUUGCUGCCUACAAGGCAUUGAGUAAACUAAUCCCUCAGUCAGUGCUGGGAGUCCUGAAGAAUGACUCCAGCAACGUGGUCCAGCUCAUCUUAGAGGCCUACAGUAACCUGUCCUCCACUAUCUUAUUGGAGCACCAUGGAGCCCCCUCAGGUCUGGACGUGACCUACAGAUCCCACUGCACCCCUGCAGAAGGGGACAACACCCCGUGGCAGAGGAGGGGCGAGUGCAUGAACGUCAAGCUCAACCAGCAGGUUGACUUCACAGUGAGUCUGAAUAUUUCAAUGUCUGAAGGAGAAUGUCUGAAGGAGAAGAAGCAGUUUUUCCUCAAACUGCAGGGCAUCAGCGAGACCCUGAAGGUCUCCGUGGAAACCCUGUGUGACUGUGACUGCCAUGACAGAGAACAGCAGUCCACACACUGCAAUGAAAAGGGAACGCUCAACUGCGGAAUCUGCAGCUGUGACGAGGAUCAUCUGGGUCAAAGGUGUGAGUGUGAGCAGCCUAAGGACAUGAUCUCUGCCGACUCUAUGGACACAACAUGUCGCCAGGACAGCUCCCCGCUGCUAUGUAGCGGGCACGGGAGCUGUGAGUGUGGCAUAUGUGUGUGCCAGGGCACCCACCGUGGGGAUUUCUGCCAAUGUGAUGACAACAGCUGUGACCGCCACAACAACAUGCUCUGCAGUGGUAAUGGGCAGUGUGACUGUGGAACAUGUAAGUGUCAUGCCAACUACACAGGCUCUGCGUGUGACUGUUCCACCCUCACCGACCAGUGCAGGACUGCUGGGAAGCUGUGCAAUGGCCAGGGAACAUGCCAGUGUAACCAGUGCCAGUGCAACAAUGACUUCUUUGGCAUGAGCUGCUCAAAGAUUGCUAAUGCAUGCGCAAAAUUCCUGGCCUGUGUGACGUGUGAAUUGGCCAAUAAGGAAAGUGACGGACUAAAGAGUAACUGUAGCCGACCAUGUGGCUCAGUCAAGCCCACUUGGGUUGAGGGACCCCAGGAGUUCCCCUGCAGAGAAGACACCAUCUCCUACAAAGUGGAGCUGUUCCCUGACGGCAACAUCCUGGUCCUCUACGCAGAUCUGCCCCGCUCUGUUGACAAGACUUAUGUGAUCAUUGGCAGCUCGGUGUCCAGCAUCAUCUUCAUUGGGAUCGCAGUGAUCCUCAUCAGCUGGCUGAUGCUGGAGUUCCACUACCGGAGAGAGUACGCCAGCUUCCUCAAAGCAACGGAGACUGUAGUCUGGAAAAAUAUCGAAAAUCCUUUGUUCCAGGACGCCACAACCAUAGUUAUGAACCCCAUACACAUUCAAGAGGACUGAUCCAAACCCAUUCAACUCUGAAGCCAACCAACACUUUAAUUCAGGAAAAUCUGUUACAUACAGUAAUAAGCGAAAGCGGGACCAUAAACUGAUCCUAACUUCUAGAAGAGGAACCGCUUGUUCCUUUAUCCACAUUAAUUGGAAAAAUUCAAUGAGCCGAUUUGUAUAAUAAAUAUAAAUUUGAAGGGCUAAAAUUAUAAAAUAUUAGAAUAUUGAAUCUCCCUAAAGGCUUAAGUCAUAUAAAAGUUAUACUUAAAUCAUAACUGGUUCUCUAGCAGAUUAGUAAGAAUGGCUCACCCCUUGUUCAAAAAUGGCCUUUUUCCCUUUGUCCAGAUUAUAACCUCUCACUUUCGGUUAUUUUAAAAUGAAAACCUCUCCAAAAUAUCCCUAUUUUUGAAACAAGCCGUAGAAAGACGGUUACAAUUUCAGUUUCAUUUUUCCUACCGAACCACAUGACCUUUGGAGGUGUUCAGAACCAGGUUAAGGGCAGAGAAAGCUUGUUGGACACUAAGAAAGCUUUGUUGAGCUUUUAACACAUAAUCCAAGGAGGGGCCAGUUUAGAAUAAAACUGCUUCCUACUGCUUGACCUAUGUUGUUGAUGUAAAUUGUAUUAGGGGGAAUACAACCAUCCCAGCUCUACAGAUUUUGCUGCGAAGAGACAGAAUCAUUAGAUAAAUUGUUUUGGUACUGCUCAUAUGUAUGUAGCUUGUUUUUGGUUACAAGUUCAGGAAUGGCUGAAAAAUCACACCAUAGUCAAUCAAUCAAUAAUAUAAUACAAAUUUUAAUCUUUAAUUUACCAUCUGUAGAUACCAAUGGCGGUCGGUGCCGUUUAAGAUUAGGGAGGACAAUAUUUUUUUAUGAGCAUGGUCUUAUUUCUAGCCUACGAAUGAAAGUUUACAACAGGUCAAGAGAAAAAUGUGAGUAAUCAAGGUGACAGACAGUGACAUAAUCAAUACCGCCUUGCACACUCUUGCCUGCUUCUAGCUGAUCUAGAGUGUAAUUAUUAGUCCAAAAAGUUGCAAACAAAAGUUUCUAUUGGACAAAUCCAAGUAUGUUUAUCCCCAGGUGAAAAACCUUUCCAAGUCAAACCUUCAUAUCAGAACUGCUAACCGCUACACACAUCCUACGUCGUUGUCACCAUAUUAGCUAAUGUCAUAGUCAACAUGGCUACUAGAACUAAUGAUUUAGUAAACACGCUACAAUCAUGCAGUGCAGUGAACAGCAAGCAGUUUAGCAGUUACACUGGGGGGGCCCAGUGGCAAUACAUUCAUAAAACCGAAAACGUACGUUGCGUUGGAAGAGUUCCCGUGUUGGAUAUCCUGAACCAGCUAGCUAACAUAGCAUCCAUCUCUGUUUGAGCCAGGUGUUUGAAUAGGCUAAAUUAGCUAGCUGCCUUAGCUAACUAAGUAAGUGAAAGUGAAUAUAAUACAACUAAAUAGAAUUCUCUCUCUCUCUCUCUCUUGCUUCUCCUUCAUUUUUUGAGAAAUGAAUUUGUUCAAAACUGUUCAGGUUUUGUAUUGAAUUCAAUGUACCCAGAGGAGGACGGACACUAGCUAUAAAAUGUACCAUGUCCGUAAAAUGUUUAUAGUAUGUUUAAGCUGGAAGUAGAAGUCUAAGUAUUGUUAUCCAUUAGUUUAUUCCAAUUAUGGGUGUGGUGGUAGGGUUAGGGAGAAUAAUACAUAAGGGCUUUUUAUUUAUUUAUUAUUAUGCAGCAAACAUCAGAUACAGCCAGCUCUUUGCAUUCCGGCGGAAGUAAUUCAUUGUCAAUGGAGCAGUCCGCAAUGCUAUGUUGGGGGUGCUGCACUAAGCUGCGGUGAGUUCGAUGUACCAUAUGCUUUCAGUAUUUUAAACAUGUGCAUUGCUUUACUGUAUGGUGAUACAAACAGAAGUAGGUCUAAACACACAGACUCCAACUAGCAAGCUUUUAGCUAGUUGAAAAGCGAAGCACUUGCGUCAAGUAAGGAAAAACAAAACGAAUAUGCCUCUGGUGGACAUCAGGCAACAAAUGACAUUGUCAUGAGAACAUUACAAAAUGCUUAGAUAGAUAAAAUGUUCUGAAGCUUGGUAUGAAAUCUUGUGAAGUGUCAUUCCUUUCCAGUUUGUGCACAUGGUAUUGCAUUACAUUCAGUUUUUCUUAAUGAAUUAUUUUUGUGUUUUUAAAUAUAGCUGUGAUGUGGGAUAAUGUUCUUGUUAGUAUGUUUCUCAAUAUUAUUACAUAAAGUAUUCUCUGUACAGUGUAUUCAUUAUAUAGGCCUAUGUGGCCAUUGUCUGUGUCAUUGAAAUCAUAUAGUACCGUUUUUAAUAAUAAAUGCCUGGAUUGUA